AUGGGCUUAUGCAAAUGUCCGAAGAGGAAAGUCACCAAUUUAUUUUGUUUCGAACAUCGUGUCAACGUUUGUGAUCAUUGCUUAGCUAUAGAUCACUACGCUAGUAAAAUAGAGCCAAUAGCAGAUUGUCUGUGCAAUGCCAGACAAGAAGCGAUCCAAAUCGAGGAGGACUUUAUACAUUGUGUUAUCAUUAGCCUUGAUGACCAAGGUCGUCAAGAUUGCACAAACAAUAACAUUCAUCGCCAUUAUGGGCAAUCAUCGGAUGAUGAUCGAUCCAUUGGCAGUCGAUUGUGUGCGGUUAAAUCGUAUCUCAACUGGUUGCAAGAUAGCGACUAUGAUACCAACUGUGGAUAUUGCAAGAAGAAUCUACAUGGGAAUGGUGAAGUUGUGAGAUUACUAUGCUUAGAUAUCUUUCAUUUAGAAUGUUUGAGUAACUAUGGCAUUAAUGGCCAUUUUGAUCAAAAUAAUUUACAAGAUUUUAAAUGCCCACAGUGCGAUGCCAAAAUCAUCCAAAAUGAUCGGUUAAAUUCAAUACUUGGACAAAAAUUAACGGAAAAAAUUGCGAAAUCUUCUUGGGGCAAAUUAAUUGGCAUUUUUGGUGACAAUGGCACAUCAAAAAAAGAAACAGCUUCUGAUAGUAAGGUAUUAGAGGUACAGAAAAUGAAUAAAGAAGAGGGGGAACCGAAGGAUGUAUCGAAAAGCAUGAUUGUACAAACAACUGGUAACCACAGUCCAGUUGCAAAUCCUAUCGCUUAUUCUGCACAAGCGAUGAAAAUUGAAGAACCAUCUGAUGCCUCUAAUUCAAAUUCGAAUCAAGUACAAUUUUCUUCACCAAAUUUGUCAUCAAAUCUGCCACCGAAUCCGCUGCAGUUUUCAUCAGUAGCGCAAAUGGAACCUGACGACGCACGAACGAAAUUGGUGACUUCGACUGUUGAGAAGUUACGGAACAAUCCUGAGACUGAUUCUCUAAAUGAAAUUCAUCAAUCAUUGCCUCAAUUUUUUCCGAUGGCCGUUGAUGUUGCUUCAGUUCAAACAUCUAGAAAAUUUAGUCGAGAUCAAAAAAGUAGGGAUUCUUAUAAGGUAGAUAUGCCUGCAGAUGAUCCAGAUGAUCCAGAUGAACAUAAGUAUAAGAGGCGAAGCCCAUUUGUUUGGCUAUCAAGGCUAAUAAAGUGGAAAUGUCUUGAGUUGGUUGCUGUUGAUAUAUAA